AUGUCUCUUCCCCGCUAUCAGUACACCGGUCCCGUCGACCACACCGUGGUCCCGGACCGCGAGAAGAUCAGGGGCAAGUCCGUCAUCAUCACCGGCGGCGCCAACGGCAUGGGCGAGGUAUGCGUGCGCGACUUCGCCGCGGCCGGCGCCUUUGUCACUUUCGCCGACUUGAACGAGGAGCGCGGCAAGGCCAUCGAGGCGGAGCUCAACGCCAACGGCGUCUGCUCCGUCUUCGUCAAGUGCGACAUCCGCGACUGGGACCAGCAGAUCGCCAUGUUCGAGACGGCCAAGUCCAAGAGCCCGCACAACAGCGUCGACGUAGUCAUUGCCAAUGCUGGCAUCAGCCGUAGCUCUGGUGAUAGCCUGUGGAAUCUCGAUGACCCCAACGGCGAGCCCACCAAGCCCAACCUCAACAUCGUCAGGGACAGGGAUCGAUGCUUCAUCAUGACUGGUAGCAUGGUCUCCUACAUCGACUCUCCCGGAAACUGGGAGUACACUGCUACCAAGCACGGCCUUAGGGGCUUUAUGAAGACGGCCCGCCGCUCCAGCUGGGAGCAGGGCAUCCGCAUCAACUAUGUCGCUCCUUGCUGGAUCAAGAGCGCCAUCCGAACCGCCGAGUACGAGAAGUGGUUGGUUGACCGCGGUGUUGAGUUCGGCGAGCAGAUCGACGUUGCCGGUUGCAUGAUGAGGAUUAGCACAGAUAGGUCUAUCAACGUAGAGCAGCCGCUCUUUCAUGAUCACCCCCGCUCCAUCGCCAAGGAAGGCUUCAUGGAUGUCAACAGGGAAGAUUACUUUGAUACCCCCGAGGAUGCGUAUAUGAAGAGGACUCAGGAGUCUCAGCUCGUCAUCAUCGAAGACAAGUGGCGCGAUGAUUACAAGGUUAGGGUGUACAAGAAGGAUUAA